AUGCGACGGAUGGACGCGCGCGACAGAUGUGGCGCAUUCGCUGACAGCGCGCGCCACAGCUCUGCCACUGUGUUGUGCAGUUGGGAUGUGGACUUCGGGCGCGAAGGUCGUCGUCGUUGCGGCGCUUCUCGUCACGACGCCACCGACCAGUGCUCCGAGUGUCAGUUCGGCGCCAAAUGCCACGUGACGUCCGCUCGCACUCAAUGCGUGUGCGAAGAGCGGUGCGAAGAGGAGGAGAGAGCGUUGCUUUGCGACUCGUGGUGCCAAUCGCUGCCGUGUCUGUCGCCACUGUCGCGCAACGCGUCUCAAGUCCUGUUGUCCGCCGUUUGCGGCCAAAACCACAAGAGCUACGCCUCUGAGUGCGAGUUGAAUGCGGACGAGUGCCGCGAGAGGGCGUUCAUCGGAGUCCGCGGAACGGGUUUGUGUCCCGAAGACCACUGUUUGCCGAACACGUGUUCCCAACCCUUCGCCCAAUGCCUGCCAACACAACAAGGAUUUCGGUGUUUUUGUCCACAAUGUCCGCAAAGCACCGAAACAGCCGUUUGCGCCUCCAAUGGACGCCUCUAUGAGAGCGAGUGUCACGUGAGACGAGACGCGUGUCUUCUGGAGCGCGACCUCCGAGUCGUGCGUUCGGGAGAUUGCGGCCAACAAUGCGCACAGAAAUGCGUGUUCGGCGCCAAAUGCUUGUCCGGGAAAUGCGUGUGCGAUGAGAGGUGUCAGAGGUCCGUCGCCUGGAUUUGCGGAACUGACGGAAUUUCGUACGAAAACGAAUGCCUUCUUCGACGACAAUCAUGUCAUCUAUCGGUCGAAAUCCGAGUCAAACACAGCGGCAGUUGCGACGAGACGUCAGACAAAGUGGAGCGACAAUCACUUGAGUGCGAGAAAUGCGAAGACAAGAGAUUCGAACCGAUUUGUGCCAACGACGGAAACACGUACAACAAUGAGUGCCAAAUGGGGAGAAGCGCGUGCGAGAAGCGGCAGGAGUUGACGGCUCUCUUUUACGGCCAGUGCGACGACGAGGACCGGUGGGAGGGGUCGGCGGCCGACAACUGCCACCAGCCGUGUCUGUUCGGCGCGAAGUGCGCAAACACCGCCGGUUCAGCGCCCCGUUGCGAGUGUCACUUCCGCUGCUCUGACGUCACGUCGGGUCGCGUUUGCGGACUUCUCGCGAACAACGAGACGCGUCUCUAUGACAACGAAUGUCGUCUUCGCGAAGAGAGUUGUCGAAGACAGCAAUCGAUCGCCAAUUGUUCCCAACUUUGCGGCCACUCGUCUCCCGUGUGGCGCUCGGGACGCCCUCUGGCGUGCGUCGGCGGCGACGAGUGUCCGCCGAACAGCGGGUGUGUGGGCGGCGUUUGUUGUCAAUGCCGUUGCCAUAGAGACGGAACCGAAGCUCCGAUGCGUUGCGAUGACAACCGAUGCAAAUGCAAACGGGGCAUUUCUGGCGUUUUCUGCGACCGAUGUUUGCGCGGCUUUUACGCCUUCUCCUCGUCGGGCUGUUCCGGUAAGAAAUGCCGCAAUAUUCGCGCCUUUAACCCUUGUUUCGCGCAGAGUGCAAAUGCCACGCGCAGGGAUCAGCGCGCAGCGACUGUCAUCAGCGAACAGGUGAGCGCUCGAGAAGAGCACGUGAUGCUGACAUUGCUUUCCCUUCAGGGCGCUGUGUGUGCAGAGCGGGGUUCGCGGGCGCGAAGUGCGAGACGACAAUCAAAACGACAAUCAAAACAACAAAUAAAGAGUUUAUUCCUUGAAAUCCAGUCCACCACCGCUGCGGGGGAGAGACAGAGGGUUAGAGCUGCGGGCGUUGGAAUUCGGCUCACCUUUGAUCGCGGACUCGAUUCUUCGGAACUCGACGAAAAUCCUGACGGGAAACUCGUGCUCGGCUUCGGGCACCUCGAAGAUGACGACGCGCAUCACGUCUCCGUAUUUGCCGCACUCCUCUUUGGUCUCCUCUUCCAGCAGAUUAUCAGCAAGUUGCUUUCGCAAAGUUCGUAA